UGCAGAUGCACUCAGCACGAGCUGCACCCCCUCCCAGGAAUUGGCUUUGCUGGAAUUCUCAGGAAAUCCUUCGUGGAAGCCUCAAAGUUGGGAUGGAUUUGGGAUGAUGACAUAAAAAUAUCCCUCCUGCUGCUCCGUCGGUGUGUAUUCCCAAGUGGGGAUUCUCGGCCGCCGCAUGAGCAGGGCCUGGCCGGGCCAUGGCCUGGCCGCCGGGGCUGCUCCUGCUGCUCCUGCUGCUGUCCGGCCGCGCUCCGGCCGCGCGGAGCCGCGACUUCACCGCCAAGGACAUCGUCUACCUCCACCCCUCCACCACGCCGUAUCCUCGUGGAUUUAAGUGUUUCACCUGCGAAAAGGCCUCUGAUAAUUACGAGUGCAACCGCUGGGCUCCGGAUGUUUACUGCCCCAGAGGGACGAGGUACUGCUUCAGCCAGCACAUGAUGAAGGCCAGCGGGGAGAGCGUCUCUGUCACCAAGCGCUGCGUGGCCCUCGAGGAGUGUCUGAGCACCGGCUGCACCUACAUCAGGCACGAGGAGUACAAGGUGUGCACGUCCUGCUGCGAGGGCAGCAUCUGUAACCUGCCCCUGCCCCGGAACGCCUCGGACGCCGUGUUCGCCACGCUGUCCCCGCCCGCAGCGACACCGCCACUGUCACCCGCGGGCGCGGUCACACCGCUCGGGCUGUGCCUGGCGCUGCUGGCACCGCGCUGGCUCACCGCCACUGCCGCGGGACGGUGACAGCGAUGGGACAGGGACAGCGACAGCCGCGGGACGGUAACAGCGAUGGGACAGCGAUGGGACAGUGACAGCGAUGGGGCAGGGACAGAGAUGGGACAGUGACAGGGACAGCGACAGCCGCGGGACGGUGACAGCGACAGCCACAGCUGCGGGAUGGUGACAGCGAUGGGACAGCGAUGGGACAGUGACAGCGAUGGGACAGUGACGGGACAGUGACACGGGACAGUGACAGGGACAGCGAUGGGACAGAGAUAGCGGUGGGACAGGGACAGCGACACGGGAGAGUGACAGCGAAAGGGACAGAGAGAGGGACAGGGACAGAGAGAGGGACAGUGACAGCGACAGGGAUUGGGCCAGGGACAGUGACAAGACAGGGACAGGAAUGGUGACAGGACAGGGACACGACGGUGACAGGAAUGGGGAUGGUGACAGUGACAGGACAGGAAUGGUGACAGGAACGGGGAUGGUGACAGGGACAGGAACAGGACGGUGACAAGGACAGGAAUGGUGACAGGAAUGGUGACUGGACAGGGACAUGACGGUGACAGGAACGGGGAUAGUGACAGGACAGUGACAGGGACAGUGACAG